AUGACCUUCCUCACAUUCGGCUACCUGCUUUAUCCUCUUCAACUCGCUCUGUAUCAAAAAUUGAUCGGAAUUGAGGAGAUUUCAUGGAAUUUGCCAAUAGCAGCAAAAUUUCCCUGGGACAUUUCUCCAAAUCCAGGCUACAAGAUUACCUACACAGCAGUUUGCUUUAAUAUCCUUUGGACGCUGCUCUAUGUCUUGUGCAUGGACACUUUCUUCUUCGGUGCCAUCAUUCACAUGUCAGCCUGCUUUCAAGACUUGCGAGCCAUGCUCGCAGAAACUGAUUAUAAUGACACCCAGGAAGACGAUGGUGUCUCUCUGAUCAAAGACGGUAACCGGCAGACGAAGUAUCGCCUGAUUGAUUGCAUCAAACUACACAAUUUGGCAAUUUCUUUUGUCCAAGACAUGGAAGCUGUUAUCAGUUUAUCGCUUUUUGUCUCCUAUUCCAUCAUUGUCUUCAUCAUAUGUGCAGUGCUGUUUCAAGCGUCCGAGCACAUGAUGAGCAACCAAAUUAUACGCGACUUGAUGUUUGUCGUGAGUGCGUUCAUCCAGUUACUUGUUUCCACCUCUUUUGGCGGUCUUAUCACACAAGAAGGCGAAGAAGUGGCAUUCGCCGUGUAUUCAACGCAAUGGUAUCGUCAACCGCCGAAAUUAAGGUUAUACUAUCACUUGAUCCUCCUGAGGAGUCAGAGAUCACUCUACUUAACUGCUCUCAACCUCUUCAACAGUUCCCUACAGAGCUUUACUCAGGUUAUCAGUGGAUCCACGAAAGCCUUUGCUUUGCUUCAAACGAUGCAAGAUAAAAGGAGCUACUAA